AUGCUCCAGGAUCUUAGACAUUCCAACAUCUCGAAGUCCCAAGUCUCUGAGUUCAUUCUGUUGGGAUUCCCAGGCAUUCACACCUGGCAGCACUGGCUCUCCCUGCCCCUGGCACUACUUUACCUCUUAGCUCUCACUGCCAACAUCCUUAUCCUGAUCAUCAUCAAACAAGAGGCCACACUGCACCAGCCUAUGUACUAUUUCUUGGGGAUCCUGGCUGUGGUAGACAUGGGACUGGCUACCACCAUCAUGCCCAAGAUUUUGGCCAUCUUAUGGUUCAGUGCAAAGGCCAUCGGUCUCCCUGAAUGCUUUGCUCAGAUGUAUGUCAUACAUUGUUUUGUACUCAUGGAGUCAGGUAUCUUUGUCUGCAUGGCUAUAGACAGAUAUGCAGCCAUUUGCCAACCACUACGCUAUCCAUCAAUAGUUACUGAUUCUUUUGUCAUCAAGGCAACUGUGUUCAUGGCACUCAGAAACAGUCUGGCCACCAUCCCAGUGCCAGUGUUGGCUGCUCAGAGGCACUACUGUUCCAAGAACCAAAUUGAGCAUUGUCUAUGCUCUAAUCUUGGAGUCACUAGCUUAUCCUGUGAUGACAGGACCAUCAACAGCAUCUACCAGCUAUUUCUGGCCUGGACACUGAUGGGGAGUGACCUGGGUUUGAUUUUUUUAUCAUAUGCUUUGAUACUCCACUCAGUGCUGAAGUUGAACUCAACAGAAGCCGCAUCCAAAGCCCUAAGUACCUGUACUUCCCAUCUCACCCUAAUUUUAUUCUUUUACACUGUCAUUGUUGUCAUUUCUAUUACCCACAGUGCAACAAUGACUCUUCCCCUCAUCCCAGUUCUGCUUAAUGUACUACACAAUGUUAUUCCUCCUGCCCUCAAUCCCAUAGUGUAUGCAUUCAAAAACAAGGAGCUCAGGCAAGGCUUCUAUAAGGCUCUUAUCCUGAAUAUCAAGGGCAACUAA